AUGAUUCACCUUUCGGUGAAAAAGAAGAAUGAAGAUAUAGAGCCUUUUGAUCGAAAUAAGCUAGAAAAAGCGGUCAAACUUGCUCUUCACAAACGUCCCAUUGAUCAGGAAAAAAUUGAACGCGUCUUAAAUAGUAUCGUGCGUCAAUUAGAGGUCCUAGGAGACACAGAAGUCGAAGCCCGCGUGAUUGGUGAAAUGAUCAUGGACGUUCUUAAAGAUUUAGACCCCGUUGCCUACAUCCGCUUUGCCUCCAUUUACAAAGAAUUCAAACUGGCCGAAGAUUUUGCCGACCUAGAGAUCCAAGCUGCCACGAAAAAAGGCCCAGAAAAACAAUCUUUAAGCGAAGCAGAUAAAAACUUUUUCAGAGAAAUGAUGAGAGAGGAAAGAAUCAAGGAAGCAGAUAAGGGUUUUGAUGCGCUCAUGCAGCCCGAAAUUGAAAGAGAAAAAGCUAGAAAACAGCGUAUAAAAGACGCAGAUGAAGCCUUUGAUGCGAUCAUAAAAAGUGAAAAAAAGCAUGAAAAAGUAAUGCGAGACUUAGAGGAGCUUUUUGGAGAGGAAGGCGAAGGAGAGUAA